AUGGCCCUGUCUCUCACGUGGAGUUACGGCUUCGACAAAGACCUGGUCGGCGGCGUGCAGAGUUUGGGAGAAGGCGGCUACGAGCGAAAGUCGAUUUUCUUUGUUUCGGGCACGACAGGUGUGAUUUUCACUCAUGACGGAGAAGACAACAAAACUCAAACCCUGCUUCAAGGUCACGUGAACGCAAUUACCGGCGUGGUCAUUUCGACUGACAAAAAACGAAUUGUUACCGCUGAUAAAGGAAAAGACAGCCUCCUUGUUGUUUGGGACAGCGAAACAGCGACUCCAGUCAAAACAAUCUACCGUCCCCAUCCAACUGGCGUCCAGGCCGUCGACAUAACCCCAGAUAGUCGCUUCAUCGUUUCUCUGUCUGCGCCGAUUCCACACGAGUUAAUUGUGGAGGCGGACCAUGGGCAGAACCCUGGGGAACACGAGUCGAGUCACAACUCGAGAAAGGGAGAGCAGGGAGAGAAGGCAGAGAACAAGAAGUGUAAAACGGCAUACGGCAGUGAAGGAGAAGUGACCGAGCAAUCUGCACCGGAAGCGAGCGCAAGCACGGCCAGAAGCAGCCACCCUUCCAGUCUUGAAAGUUCGGAGAGAACCGGGAGAAGCACGCUGUCGAGCUGGAAUGGACACAGUGGCCUGGACGCUUCAGACGGGAAGCGGGCUGCACAAGAUCAGCCUCAGAGCUUGAACGCGUGCAGUCAGGGAAAGGGAGACCAGGGAAAGAGACAAACAUACCAGAGCGUUGCUGUCUGGGAUUGGAGGGAAUUAGGGAACACUCCAGUCUGCGUGGCAGUGAUCGCGACUCCUGACCUGCAGCAUUCAGUGUUGUUUAACAACACAGAUGCACAGGAGAUUCUCACCAACGGAAAGAGGAGAGUAUUUUUCUGGUUUUGGGAAGAAACGAGUGACUACUUUCACUUCUAUUCUCCCGCACUCCAAGCCAAAGACUUCAAGCAGAAAAUAGGAGAUUUUACGAGAUCCAUUUUCAUGCCGAACUCCACAAAAGCUGCAACAGGCACAGUCGAUGGAGACGUCGUGCUAUGGGAUCUGAGUCUCAUUGUUGACGGCCUCAGCAGACCGGACGAGCGACGUGCAGUGCGAAUUUUGAAUUUAAGCCGAGCUGCCGUCACGUUCCUCUCUGUCCACGAUGACAACUGGAUUGUUGCUGGCUUUGCUGAUGGCAUCAUAGGCUUCUACGACUUUCAGUUCCGCAUCUUGCGAUGGUUUGAUGACUUCAAUGCAGGACCGAUAAAUUCGAUUUCAUUCGACCGCAUCCCUAACCAAGGUAUUGCCCUGGAAUACGACCUCGAAAUUCAGUUUUUGAUGGCCAGAAUUGGCGAGCACGCAGAACUUCUUGAAAUUAUUAAAAGACGGGACAGGCCCCUAUAUAGAGGACCUGCUCAGCAGAUUGGCCAUAAUGAGUCGCAUAUGCACAUUCGGGCUUUGCAUUCCAAUCGAGUAAAUCCAUUGGGCUUUAACGCAUCCACUCCUGUAGAGGACACCCGCAUACUGGAAUUAUUUCCACCGCUGCACGCGGUGCAGAGAUUGGCUAGUCCAGGUGAUGUCAGUGCCCUCGGUGUUGCCUUCCCGCUGUUUGUGCUCAAGAUUCGUGCAUCACCUCCGUCGACGAGUAGCGCAGUCUUGGGCAAAAACGCACAUAUCCACAAAGCAAAGGCAAGGAGCGCUUGCUCGUGCUCGUUUUCCUUGCCUCAGUGA